AUGUCCGAUCACCAAAAAAUCCAUCCGGUGAGCGACCCGGAAGCUCCACCGCCGACGCAUCCAACGGCUCCCCUUGUUACACGUGGCUCCUCAAGAUCGGAACACGGUGACCCCACCAAAGAAUCUCAGACGCAACCACCACCGUUGAAGAAGAGAGGAAGAAGAAGCUGUUGGUGCAAGUGCGUGUGUUACACACUCCUCCUUCUCUUUCUCCUUAUCGUCAUCGUAGGAGCCGUUGUUGGUAUACUCUACCUUGUCUUUAGACCGAAAUUACCGGAUUACAAUAUCGACCGGUUACAGCUUACCCGGUUUACGUUUAACCAAGAUUCGAGUUUGUCCACUGCGUUUAACGUGACCAUCACCGCCAAAAAUCCCAACGAGAAGAUCGGAAUUUACUAUGAAGACGGUAGCAGAAUUAGCGUCUUGUACAUGCAAACCAGACUCAGCAAUGGGUCGUUGCCGAAAUUUUACCAAGGACAUGAGAAUACGACAAUUAUAGUCGUAGAAAUGACUGGUUAUAGUCAGAAUGCAACUGGUUUAAUGGCGACAAUGCAAGAAGAGCAGCUGUUAACCGGAAGCAUACCGUUACGGAUUAGAGUUACCCAACCGGUUCGGAUCAAGCUCGGGAAAUUAAAGCUAAUGGAAGUAAGAUUUUUGGUCAGGUGUGGUGUAUCGGUUGAUAGCUUGGCUGCUAAUAAUGUGAUUAGGGUUAGAAGUAGUAACUGCAAAUUCAGGUUUAGACUAUAA